GCAUCACGGGGAUAUUAUGAUUCCAGUUUUGCUUAUCUUUUUGUAAAAAAUGAAAAAACACAGAAGGAACAAAGAUUCUGCGUUAAUUUUGAGCAGUGGCGUACACAACGUAUAGCAGAGGAUGUAAAUGAUGCUGAAGUUCUUCGACUUGGGUGGUGGGGCGAAGUUGUCAACAAUACCAAUGUUUGCAACACAGGAAAAAAAUCGUUAUUGGCUAAAAAAGCAGUUGCCUUACAUUAUCGUCUGGAGGCAAAAGAUGGACAUUGUGCGCUACCAUUUAUUGUCACUAAUACAAGCUUUAAAGGAGCUUUACAAUAUCAAGUUAACCAGUUGGCCUCAAAACAUGUUAGUGCUGGUAUCAUUCUUGUUGACAAAGGCCGUAAAUUCAUGAGUAAAUGGGCAGAUUAUUUGUUUUCCGAGUUCUAUGAUCCAGAUUUCAACCAAUCUACUGAACUGCCAACAUUCUUCAUGUAUAGACACAUAUUUUUUGAAGAAUUGAUGAAGCUAAGUAUCGAUGGUACGGGAAGUGAAUUACUGCUGCAAUUCUAUCGACCCAGAAACUCAAAAUGGGAUUUAUCGAUGUUAAUUAUUUGGGUUAUUGCUGUAUUUUGUGUAACAGUUGGUGGCUAUUGGGCUGCUAUUCGAAAAGUAUAUGAAGAGAAAACUAAUACUUUAUCGGAUCAGGUUUCGGCGAUCGAAACUGGUGUACAAAAGUCUAAAGAUUGUUUUAGUGAUGAUCGGUUGUCAGCGCCCGCAAACUGCUUAUUUAUUUUCAUUGUGAUGGUUGUUGUCGUUGGUAUUCUAAUGCUUGGUUUCUAUUUUCGAAGUAUAAUGGUGUUUAUUUUCAACAUAAUACUCGCAGUUAUCGGUACGUUUAGUAUUUUUCGUUGCUCAACAGCUUUAUUUGGAUCAUUGUGCAAAUGUGGUCAAUGUAGGAUUUGUAUUUCCAUGAAUGAUAUAACGCGAUCAAUAUUCCGCCGUGACUUGUUCAAUUAUGAGUGUUGUUCUGAACGUCCACGUGUGAUGUCAAUGGGGUUAUUCUUUUGUGCAACAUUAUUAUGCGUCAUGUGGUUCAUAAUUCGACGUGACCCCUAUUCGUUUAUUUUGCUUGACCUUAUCAACGUCGCUGUUUGCAUACAUGUUUUAAAAGGAAUACGCUUUCCAAAUUUAAAGUGGUUAACAGUUCUUCUCUCUUGUAUGUUCGCAUAUGAUAUGUUUAUGGUUUUCAUUACACCGCUUUUGACUAAAAAUGGAUGUUCAGUAAUGGUCGAGGUAGCAGCUGGUACAGAUUGUUCAAAAGCAAACACAGGUUACCCAGUGGCACCCAUCAAUAGUAAUUUGCCAGAAAAAUUUCCAAUGCUUUUCCAAGUGCCACGAAUUAGUGAUCCAAUGAUUUCUUGUUUUGAUCUGAAUAUUGAAAAGGAAUUUCAUCCUGUAAUUCUUGGAUUAGGUGAUGUUAUAGUACCUGGUUAUUUAGUCAGUUUUUGUUUUACUGUUGAUUUUGCUGCUCGGACUCGUUAUAUUUAUGGUGCAAUUUCAAUUCUUGGUUAUGGAAUUGGUCUCAUAGUAACAUUUAUUGCUUUGACACUAAUGCAAACUGCACAGCCUGCUCUGAUUUAUUUGAUACCUUCUACGUUGGCGCCCAUUUUUAUACUUGCCCUAUUACGAGGAGAGUUGAAACUUGUGUGGAAUGGAAAUUUUAAGGAACAAGAGGUUAAGAAACAUUUUCAGACCUUUUUUUCGAAUUUAUUCUCUGGUACUCUGAUAUGGAAUAUAUAA